AUGGCAGCUUCCCCGCUAGAUAGCUCUAGCACCCCACGCCCACGCCCUCGUCCUACUGCUGCUGUCACUACUACUGCUGCUGCUGCUGCUGCUGCUGCUUCCGUAGCUCUCCAACAAGCUCCUCCAGGCUCCACGAGCGUUCCCAUGGAAGAUACAUAUCCCCAGUUUUCUACUCGGAAACGUCCUCGUCUUGACAGUGGCGACCAUUUAAACGAGCCUAUCCCCAUGUCUGCCCCCUCCCAAAGCCCUGCCGUUGUUGGUGCCAGCGACAGCCUUGUUACGACUACUACUGCUACUACUACUACUACUACUUCUGCACCUGUGGCCGGCAACGCAACGACUCCUGCUCUCGUGCCCAGCCCCAAAUCACCCGGUUCUCAACGUGCCUGCAGCAGAGUUACUAUCAAUGUGAAGUCUCCCCUUCUGCCCAGUGGCUCCCCGUCUUCUCAUGUCGCCGCAGAAACCACAAUACCUGGGCCCAGUGUCCUUUCGCCGCGAGAGACCGCUUUGCCGGAGCAACAGCAACAGCAACAGCAACAGCAACAUCCUCUACAACGACAAGGACAAGGACUGCAGCAAGAACAUGAUGGAGAAGUACAGACGCAAUACCCACAGUCUCCGGAUAUAGCACCGCAUACGCCCGCUGCUAUAUCUAUAACCUCGUCGCCGUCCCACAGCCCUGAGAUUGAGGUCGCGGAGGUGGAAGAUAUGGAUCAGGACCCUAGCACGUCAAACUGGAGAUCUUUAGAAGAUGCCCUCAGGUCCCCCGAAGAACCUGACCUUGUGCGCAUGCAUGACCAGGUCUCGUUGGCUGACUCUUUCCCACGAUUCCGCCGUGAUUGUGAUGUGCGGGAAGCUGUGGAGGAGAUUUCAAGUUUUAUUGAGAGGGGUCAUCCUCACGAUGUAGCAAUCUUUGUGUCAAUUAAGAACUGGCUUGAUCUCUGCACGAAUAACCUAAAUCAGAUUACUUAUGCUACGGUCGCCGACGAUCAGGAUCUAUGGGAAGAGGUGCCAUUGCUUAUGGAAGGCCUUUUGCGGCGGCAGAUCGAUUUUCAACCGGACGAAGGACAGGGGCCCUGGAAAUGCUUGGAGGAGUUCUCCGUGGCUUUUGGCCGGCUUGCCAUCCAUAUGAUCCGCCUUGAUAUCCCAACGCUGCAACUUCAUCCAAAGGACGCAGCCUCCCCGCCAAACUUGCUAUCAAAGACAUACCUUCCCGCCUUGGGAUGGUUACUACAGAUGCACACGAUUCCAUUUUACAAGACCAUUGAACGGAUCUAUGGUGUUGAGGUUGUUAACUUGGUGUCUAGCAUUAACGAUCAACUUACUCCAGGUCCCGUAAAUGCGGUGAGGCACCUCUCCGAUUUUGCGCAAUUGCUUCUCAAGACACUGCAGCAGUGGCCGCAGUACUCUUCUACCUUCAUCGCCCUGCUGACUAUCGCCCACAACAUCAUCGACUCCGGAAUGGAGCGGAGGAGGCACUGUGCGGACGACGACCUGGUUUCCACGGCGGAACUUGCUGAUGCAAUCGAUGCUGCAUAUUUGUUUUUCCGCUCUAUUGAUGUGGAGUAUCAGUCUUAUAUUUCAAAAAAGUCCUCGUGGGUUACUAAUGAGAGCAGCGAAUCGGUGCUUCGCUUCAUUGGGUUUUCGUAUCAUAAUAUUGCCGUGUUAAAUCAUCAGUUGGCAAUGCAAAUGUCGCGAGAUCUAGGUGUUGAUGUUCCUGAAAACGCGAAACCGGAAGAAUAUCCUGCAAUCAUCCAUUUAGGUUGGAAAUUUCAAGUUUUGAAGAGGCAUAUCACUGAGGGUCGAAUGGAGCUCCGAGUUUAUGGCAUGGAGACAAUGCAGACGGAUCUCGUUGCGGUCUGGCGGCAGCAUAUUCAGGGAAACCCCGCUGGUAUCAGUUAUCCCAUCAUCCAGUAUCUUGUCAAAUUCCUGAGGGAUAACAAGAUCGUGGAAUACAUUGUCGGUGUGGAUUCGCACCCUCAGCUGAUUAGUCGGAGUGGAAAUGUUGUAGGUUUCCUUGUUGUCACAGCCACAUAUACAGAUAACGACACGGACAUCAUCUGGAACACUGUAACGCAAAGUCAAGACCCUAGAACUGUGGCAGAGGUGCUGGGGAUGCUCACCCGGACAUUUUCGAUGCAUCAAUCCGGAUCGAACGCUUUGACGUAUCUUUGUACUAAACUAAUUGAACUACCUUUAAACCGCUUCGAUACGCGGGUGCUUGAGUACACUGACUGCCUAUUCAAUAACCUGAGGGAAAAACACGCGGAGAGAAUGCGUCAUCACGGCUUUGGCCAGCCACAUGCAGACAUCGUCCCGCACCGCUUAUGUGUCCGUUUGAUUCGCGAGGCGGCGUCCAUUCGGGAGUUUUCCGUUGAGCAGCAAACCAGCAUCCAAAAGUUUGCUAGCAAACAGCUUUCCAAUUUACUAUCUGUGGGUCUGGACGACAAUGAUAAAAUGGCAAUGUACAAAGAGUGCAUCGAUGAUAUUUCCGAAAUGAACGAAUUCGCUGUUGGCAGCAUUCAGGCCCUGAACGCCCUGUUGUCCCCCUACGACAUCCAAGAUAUACGACGGCUGGCGCUCGACUUUGACUUUACACGGUUAAUAGUCACGGAAUUGGCACAUGCCUUCGACACCGCCUCGCCAGACACGGACUUUUCAGAUCCCACCGUAAGAAACUGUCUGCGCCCGCGUAUCCAGCUAUUACAUCGCAUCAUCGACAAAGUCCCUGAAACAAUCACCCCAGAGUUAAGCGAAAUUCUUUGGAACCACGUCUUCAUGUCCAAACCCAUUGGCGACUGCGGUCGCAGCCUGGCAUGGGAAACGCUACCCAAAGUAACAUCCCGCUCCACAAAACGCAACAGCUUCCUCGAACGCUAUCUAAACGUUUACCUCCCCCGCAUCGCACCGGAAGACUACACAGUAGAUAUCCUUGCCUUCGCCGAACAAGCUAUCACCUACGAAAUGCGCUUUGACCCACCCCCCAUCGCCCACGAACACGAAAUCAUCACUAUCCCUGGAAUGGAUCGUAUAUGGCACUUCAUCCUCACAGCUCUGCCAGGCACGAUUGAAAAUAGAGCUACCAACUUCGCUAUUGAGGUCUAUCUUGACCAUGGGCUCAUUCGACGUGCGCCACGGUCUGCUGCAGAGGCUACACAUGUUGCCCUUGUCGAGCGCUGUGUUAGCCAACUCACGGACGCGGCGGCGAAGUGUAAAGCGUUCACUGACGGGUCUACGAGUGGUAGUGAAGAUGAGCCUAUGGUUAUUGUACCGUCGGAUGGGGAGGUGCGUGCUGAAGAGUUAAGAUUUACACGGUCGUUACUGUUUCUGCGUCAGUUGUUACAGGGCUUAAGAACACGGCCGCAGUAUACACCGUUGCAAGUUAGCCCGUCAGAAUUACUUCUGAAAGCCGACAGCGACGAAAAUGGCCUCGUCAAACUCUCCUAUCAAGCCUUCACCGGGCACUCGCAGACGCGCAUCCGCUCCAUAAAGCUCAGCGACCUAACCACAGGCGCGCAGUUGGCAGAGAAGUUAUCGCGGCUGACAGGGUUCAAGAGCUUUUCCAGCUUUAGCUGUGGGAGGCGGUUAGAUUUGGCGGCUUGUGGUGAGAGGACGAUUAGAGAGUUGAAGCUUGUUGGGUCCGGGUUGUUGAUGGUUAGGAAGAAUCCGGAUGGGGAUGAUGGUGGUAGUGUUGAUGGUAGUACUAGUGCUGGUGGUGGUGGUACGGGGGCGAGGAGGCAGUCACUGACGUUGGUGGAUUCGGAGGUUUUGAAGCAUUUUGAUGAAUUGUAUGAUUUGCUGGGGCUGGAGGAGAAGUUAUCGAAGGAGAUAUACGACUUCUUGGUUGUCUUCCCCCCUCAGCAGCGGGUUCGAGAUUUUGUUAGAUCCAAGAACAUAGCGGAACCGGAGAUGUUUCCGUUAGAGAAGCCAUACAAACUCCUCUACUCUAUAAACGCUCUUAUUGCUUGUAUUAGAGAAGAUAUUUUAGAGACAAACCCAGAUCAAGAGUUUAUAUCUCACAGCAUCAAAAACUUGGUUGCAUUCCUUACCCGACCGCAGAUGUCUGAUAGUUUAAAAGACAAUCCGUUAAAGUUUUCUUUUGCAUGCAAUUUCGUGGAAUGUCUCCUCCUAGCUUUGACAGCCAAAUCAUUGCCCGAAGACUCCGAGCAGUAUUUCUCCAAUCCCUCAGCCCUCGCCAAUCGACUUCUCUCCAUCAUCUCCCUCGGCCGCGACCUUUCAUCCACAAAGCUCCCUGAGAUUUCCAUCCAAAGAUUAAUCUCAAAUUCCUUUGCCGUCAUCAUCGAAGCUUCCAUUCAUGACAGCCGUGUCUGGGACGCAGUGGAACAAACCAUGCAAAUAAAGGAUCUCAUCUACGCCCUCCUCCUAGCUGAACCUCGCCAAGGCAUCCGCAAGGGAGUUGCCGAAAUUAUCUUUUCCACCUGCGGCACUCACCCGUCUCAGAAGUGGGCGUGGUGGAAGGGGAAUCAGACGAAAGAGGAGGUUGCGGUUUCUCGUAAACUCCCCACUGCCACGACGAUACAUAUUGUGGCAACGCUGUGGAAAGAUAUUUCGGGGCUGUUCCCUGAUACGCUGCGGUUUGCGAAGUCGUCACAGGAAUUUUUUGAGGUUGCUCUUGUGGUUUUUCAGACGGUUGCGAAUUUGUCUCCCGGAGAUUUAUAUUGGAGAGUACUUGAGUUUGUCGGUCGAGAGCCUGUUGACUAUGUCGUCCUGGGAUUUACACACCUGUUGAAAAUGUGUUUGGAGCUGGCACAUGCCACGAUCAGCUCCGUGGAUACGAGUAAUCUUAUGGAAGAUUUGUUCACGACCUACCUAUUCCCCGACCUUUCAGAAAUCUCCGAAACGGAGCCAAUUCAUCCAAACGUUCCCGUCAUGCACACUGCCACCAGACAGGAAUUGUAUAACAUUCUCUUACGUUUGUGUGAAGAUCAAUCGAAUUGUGAAAAAAUGCUGACAUUGCUUGCUGAUGUAAUUCCACAUGAUUACACGUACGAACCAAACUGGGUGUUCGAUCGACAUAAAACAAUCCGCUCUCCAGAAGGUUAUGCCGGCUUGAAGAAUUUGUCCAACACUUGCUAUCUGAACUCCCUAUUUACUCAGUUAUUCAUGAAUCUCGAUUUUCGCAAAUUCAUGAUCGAGGUACAUGUUGCUGACGUGGACUCCACGCAAAAACUACUCGCGGAAACGAAAAAGGUGUUUGCCUACAUGCAAAAUACAUGGCAGAAAAGCGUCGAUACGCAGGCGGCAGUUGAUACCAUCCGGACGUAUGACAAUGAGCCUAUAGAUAUCAAUGUUCAGAUGGACGUAGAUGAGUUCUACAAUUUGCUGUUUGAUCGAUGGGAGAGCCAGAUCCUGUCAUCGGAGGACAAGAAGCUCUUCAGGUCCUUUUAUGGUGGCCAGCUUGUUCAGCAGAUUAAGUCAAAGGAGUGUCCACAUAUUUCGGAGCGGCUUGAGCCGUUUUCUGCAAUACAGUGUGAUAUCAAGGGUAAGGCUGGACUUGAGGAUAGUUUGCGUGCUUACGUUGAGGGGGAGGUGAUGCAGGGAGAUAAUAAGUACUCAUGCACUUCGUGUGGGCGUCACGUCGAUGCUGUUAAGAGGGCUUGUUUGAAAGACCUCCCGGAUAACUUGAUAUUCCAUCUCAAGCGUUUCGAUUUUGAUGUCAUAUCCAUGAUACGCAGCAAGAUUAACGAUGAAUUCCAAUUCCCAGAACGCCUUGAUAUGACUCCGUACACAGUUGAUUAUCUAAGUAACCCAGGAACUCCGAUUUCGCCAGAUGUCUUCGAGCUGGUUGGUGUUCUCGUGCACAGUGGCACUGCCGAGUCUGGACACUACUAUUCGUAUAUCAGGGAGCGCCCCACCGCCGCGGAUACCAGUGCUUCUUGGGUUGAAUUCAAUGACUCGGACGUGAGCAGGUUCGAUCCUGCUAAGAUACCCGACCAGUGUUUUGGAGGUAUGAACGACCCCAUUCAUGGCUCGUCUUUAGGCCAGGUUCGGUUUAAUAAAGUGUGGAAUGCCUACAUGCUAUUUUACCAGCGGGUUUCUAGUAUGGAAAAGGCCAAGUCUGUCUAUGCAGCAUCGCUCGGGGAUUCACCUGUCAGUGUUCCACUCCCUCUGGAGCUUGGAAAUCACAUUGCCAUGGAGAAUGAACUUUUCAUUCGGACCUACUGCCUUCUAGACCCUUACCAUGCAUACUUCGUCCGCUCUCUACUGGAACAAACGAGGAAAUUCUCCGCUAUUGGAGAAAAGGGGUUCAAUAAGAUACGCAAAGCAGCCAUCUUUAUCGCACUGGAUAAUUUGGACCAGAUUAUCUCGAGGUCGAAAGAGUUACCAGAAUUAGAAAAUAUUAUUAUCGAACUGGGGCGGAAUGUUACCGAAAACACCAAGGGGGCUAUGGCAGUCCUUCGCUGGACUGUUGUUCGUCCCUUGGGUAUUCGAGAUCUUCUGUUAAAGAGCCCUAAUAACGUUGUCCGUGAUGGGUUCUGUCGACUUUUAGUUACCGCUCUCGAACGGCUGCAGGAGCCACUAGUCGAAGAAACUCUUGAGAAUGACGAAUUGGUCCGCUAUGAAAACGACUAUACGACUAUGGUCGAUGCUGUUGUUGAUACUCUCGAUCAGCUGUGGGGUUGCCUACAUAUAUACUCGCGGGCUUGGGAUGACUAUUUUGAGCUGCUCCUCGGCCUUGCUAACCUUGGACCUUACCCUGUUCAAGUCAUGCUCGAUCAUGGCUUCCUGCUCAAGUGUUUGGAAAUUGUCUGGCUGGAUAGAGAGGACAACAAGCGACUGAAACGGCAAUAUGGCAGUUAUGUCCGACUUGUUGAAAAGGGUCGCAAAUAUUCGCACUUCAAGCUUGUGGAGGUGCUUUAUGUUCUGAUGACUCAUAUCGAUUUUGCACUGGCACCUUCGCCAGACAGUCAGCCUCGAGAUUGCGUUAUGGGUAAAUAUUCACUCACCAGGUCGGAAGGGGAGCUGGUUCGACCGAUCGGGAGGAACAGAGAUCUAAUUCUUUUGAAGAAAAUUCUCGAGCAACAGGCGAAUCCACCAGUAUCCAGGAAGAUAGUGAGCGUCUUUCUAGCUGCUGAUCCUGAAUGUGGUCUAACGGAAAGCAUCUGCAAGGUCCUCGAGGAAGGCCUACGAGUAUCCCCUGCGUACCUAUGCGUUCCUUUUCUGGAAGCAACGUUAGUUUUCUGCCAAAUGUCCUCAGAUAUCGACCAGAUAAGCAGUCUGAUCGACUACGUGUCCAAGGGCGUGGAGUCCAUCAACGAUAGUGGAGGGCGUGAACAUCUCGCCUUUUUCCAAUCACUGAUAAACCUUCAAAAUGAUAAGAUGUCUAAGGAUGAGUUUUGGUUCUGGAGUGCAGUGGUCGACCGGAUACCUGACUGGGCGCCCACGCUUCUUCAUUACCCCGAGAGAAGUGUGCGGAAUAACACGUUUGAUUUCUUGCGACAGCUCCUCUUUUCGAAAGAGUAUGAGGAAAUUGGCGACGAGUUCAGGCAGUUCUACAAGAAGAUCGGCAAGGAUCUGACACAGGCGUGUGUAGAGAAAUUGCGAAGAACGUAUCUCUCAACGGAUGCGCAGCCGGCGGAAGUCCGGUCGAUGGAGACGAUUGCUCUCGUCAUUACCCAUUGUAUAGACGUGUAUUAUGACGAGAAUGACACUGAGGAUAUGGAGUUUGUUCAGCAAGCUACAGCUGUAAUCUCUGCGCUGGAGCAGUUAUCCGUCGAACUCCCGGAUGAAAUGGCGUCUGAUUCUGACUUCCCUUCAGAUGGUUGGGAUGAAAAUUCGAUGAUGGGAAGCGAUUCCGAUAUUGGCCUGACCGGGUCGCCAUAA